UAGAGGCGGGCUCCUCCGGGGAGCCGGACCGGAAGUGACGCUAGUGAGUUCCGGUUGGCUGGAGCCCAGCGGCGGGUGUGAGAGUCGGUGUUGGGAGCCGCUUCCAGGAUCCUGAGAUCCGAAGAAGCCGGGGUCUGAGCGGCUCCUCCAGAGUGACUGAUCUAUGAAAUGGCAGAGAAUGGAAAAAAUUGUGACCAGAGACGUGUAGCAAUGAGUAAGGAACAGCAUAAUGGAAGUUUCACAGACCCUUCUUCAGUGCAUGAAAAGAAGAGAAGGGAUCGGGAAGAGCGGCAGAAUAUUGUCCUGUGGAGACAGCCACUCACUACCUUGCAGUAUUUUUCCCUGGAAACUCUUGUAGUUUUAAAGGAAUGGACCUCAAAAUUAUGGCAUCGUCAAAGCAUUGUGAUGUCCUUUUUACUGCUGCUUGCUGUGCUUGUAGCUACGUAUUAUGUGGAAGGAGCGCACCAACAGUAUGUACAGCGGAUAGAGAAGCAGUUUCUUUUGUACGCCUACUGGAUAGGCUUGGGGAUUUUGUCCUCUGUUGGCCUUGGAACAGGAUUACACACCUUUCUGCUUUAUCUGGGCCCACAUAUAGCUUCAGUUACAUUAGCUGCUUAUGAAUGCAACUCAGUUAAUUUCCCUGAGCCACCAUACCCUGACCAGAUUAUCUGUCCAGUUGAAGAAGGCGCUGAGGGAGCGGUUUCUCUGUGGAGCAUCAUCUCAAAAGUCAGAAUGGAGGCCUGUAUGUGGGGUAUUGGUACAGCCAUUGGAGAGCUGCCUCCGUAUUUCAUGGCCAGGGCAGCUCGCCUCUCAGGAGCUGAACCAGAUGAUGAAGAGUAUCAGGAAUUUGAAGAAAUGCUGGAACAUGCAGAGAGCGCACAAGACUUUGCAUCACGGGCUAAACUGGCAGUUCAAAACCUAGUACAGAAAGUUGGAUUUUUUGGAAUUUUGGCCUGUGCUUCUAUUCCAAAUCCCCUGUUUGACCUGGCUGGAAUAACAUGUGGACACUUCCUUGUACCUUUUUGGACCUUCUUUGGUGCAACCCUGAUUGGAAAAGCCAUCAUUAAAAUGCAUAUCCAGAAAAUCUUUGUUAUAGUAACUUUCAGCAAGCACAUCGUGGAGCAGAUGGUGGCUGUCAUUGGUGCUGUCCCUGGCAUAGGUCCGUCUCUGCAGAAGCCCUUUCAGGAAUACCUGGAGGCGCAGCGGCAGAAGCUUCACCACAGGAGCGAAGCGGGCACAGCGCAGGGAGAAAACUGGCUGUCCUGGCUGUUUGAGAAGCUGGUGGUUGUGAUGGUGUGCUACUUUGUCCUGUCCAUCAUUAACUCCAUGGCACAGAGUUAUGCCAAACGGAUCCAGCAGCGCUUGAACUCAGAGGAGAAAACUAAAUAAGCAGAGAAAGGUUUUCCCUGCAGAAGUUAGCAUGGUGGGCUCCUUCCUGACAUCAGGAGGCCCCUAACCAGGAUGGGAGAUCCCUGUUUCCACCCUGUACUGAUGUUUAAAACGUUCUUCCCGAGAGCAGUUUAGUCCACAUUUUACACUGACACACUUUCCCUUUAUGUUAAGGUAAGGUCUCCACCCUCGUCAUACUCCAUUGGGGUGGAUGUGAUGUUCACUGCGAGCUUAACAGACUGGCCUUCUGAUAACUGCAAAGGGCCCUGUGGUCCACCUGGAGAGCCCUGGCCACACAGAACGUGCGGAAGUAUGUUAAGUGUGUCAGGCUUUUUAGUCUUGUCACAAAUGAUUGGUUUUUCUAAGUCAUCAAAUGUAUAUAAGUUAUAUAUAUUGGAUAGCAGUUUUGCAUGUCUAUCAUGGAACGAUUUAAUAUGCCUUCCUUUCCCACCCUCAAAAAGGCCAUUUUAUGAUGCAUUGCACACCCUCUGGGGAAGUUGAUCUUUAAAUUCUGAGACAGUAUAAGGAAAAUCUGGUUGGUGUCUCACAAAUGAGUACACCAUUUUUUAUUCUGUAUAUUUAGAAUGAAGUCGUGAAAAACUUUAUAAAGACAUCUUUGAUCAUUCCGAAA